AUGCAUGUACCGUACACACUCGCCAAAAAACGCCAUUGCGCAGGCGAAGUGAUAAGCCACGAUAAGCUUAUGCUGCGCCAUGAUCACCUUGAGGCACGCGAACAAGAAGCCCAAGAAGGAAAGAUACUGGAUGAUGAAGGCGACUCUAUCGAGGAUGAUAACAUCAGUCAUUUAGAUGUCGCACACAAUUUACCGCACUUAUUGGUCCGCGUCAGAUCGGAAACAGAAGAAUUGAGCGAGUCCAAAAAGACCGCCCUGGAGAUUCUCAAAAUGUUCGACAAUGACGUUGCUCAUCUUACCAAUGGCGCGGACGUUGACCAACCGCACAAUGCUAUAACUCUGACUCUGGAUUUGCAUCGAGCCCUUGGAAUUUCGACGUCUACUGCACGCAAAUCGCCAACCGCCCGCAUACCUAUGAAAUCAGGUCAUUUCGAGGGAUUGGAUUCCAGAGAAUGCUGUCUGUCACAAGGGCGCUGUACCUCAGCAGAUCAAAGCAUCAACCCACCGGCGCCACGCCUCCUCGCUCUACACCGCGCUAUCGGACAUAUCUUGCACCUUUCAGGUGCGGGAGAGCAUAUAGACGAUAUUUUCCGCAAGUUGGAGGAUCGAAUGGUGCAAUGUGAUGGGUCGACGCCUUUGGCAGAACUAGUGAGUUGA